GCAGUUGCUGCAGCAUCUGAAGAACGACCACAACGCAUCCGACGGAGGCCAGCAUGGAUGGAAGAUUAUGAAGUGUCGAGAGUUGAGCAAACCGAAGACCCACUGAUCCAUUUUGCUUUGUUUGCAGAUAGUGACCCAACUACUUUUGAUGAAGCAGUACAAAAUAAAAACUGGAGAGUUGCAAUGGAUGCAGAGAUCAAAGCAAUUGAGAAGAAUGGUUCGUGGGAAUUGACAGAUCCUCCCAAAGGGCAAAAGACAAUCGGAGUCAAGUGGGUAUACAAGACGAAAAUGAACAAGAAUGGUGAGAUUGAAAAGUACAAGGCGCGCUUGGUGGCAAAAGGUUACAAGCAGGAAUUUGGAGUGGAUUACAAAGAGGUGUUUGCGCCAGUUGCUAGACUCGAUACAAUCCGAUUAGCGAUUGCGCUAGCAGCACAGAAUUCAUGGUUCAUCUAUCAGUUAGAUGUGAAGUCGGCGUUUUUACACGGUGAUCUUCAAGAAUAGGUAUUUGUUCAUCAACCUUCUGGAUAUGUCAAGCCGGGUAAUGAACAUAAAGUCUAUAAAUUGAAAAAGGCUUUAUAUGGGUUGAAGCAAGCUCCAAGAGCUUGGUACAGUAGGAUUGAUGCUUAUUUUUUGAAGGAUGGAUUUACAAAAUGUCCAUAUGAGCAUACGCUAUUUAUUAAGAUUGGUCAUGGUGGAAAAUUGCUUCUAGUGUGUUUGUACGUGGAUGAUCUUAUCUUCACAGGGAAUGAUAGUGUCAUGAUUGACACAUUUAAGAAA